CCCGGGCUGCUUACCUACCUCUACCGUUCGCUGGCCUUUGCAAAACCUUUCCCCGUGGCUGUCUGUUGAACCCAGAGAAAACGCAAUCUCACUCACUCACUCACCCCAACCACGCCGGCCGACUUGUCCGAAUCGGUCCCGUGUCCAUGUCCAUCCCUUCCAUCUUCUUUUUUCCUGAUUUCGUUCCAUCCCGUUUCCUUUCCCCUCUCUCAGUUUGUGAUUUGUUGCUGGCUUGGACGAGCCGGUGAGCCACACACCGACUUGGACACUUAAUUCCAAACCACAACAACACACCAACCAGCCUCGCCUCCACUUGCCACCACGACGGGAUCAGCAACGGCAGUGCAGCAUAGGUCUCUUGGGAGUCUAGGCCCGACUAUACCUACAUACCUUACCUACAUGCUACACUACCACACCACUACCACUACCGCUACCACUACCGCUACUACUACCGCUGCUACUACCACUACUCUCACCACUACCACUACCCAUUCACCUCUUGUCGUUUCUACUACCAAGACGACGACUAACCUACCUAAUCAUCCGGGUAUCACGACGGAUUCGCGGCGCCAUCUGGAUCCUCCUGCCACACCUGCUUGUCUCGUCCAUCCCCGACUCCCAUCUGAGACCCGGAUCGAUUAGCCAGCUGGUCAUUUCCUCCUCCAGUUAGAUUAGGGUACCUCGCAUCAAACAAAGCCAGCCUGUCCUUGUCUACUCAGUCUUUCUAGAAACUUGAUUCAAGAACUACAACUUUCCAAAGACAUACCACACACAAGACACCAAGCAAGCACGCAAGCGCAUCCAGACCCUUUCCCCCCCCAGACUAGAUCGACAAUAAUGCAGGUGUCGCCUUGGGUCCGUCCGAUUUCCCCUCGGUAGUCCCUCCUCACCCUCGUACGCGACUUCAAAAUGAGGAUCGCAAUUAGAGAGCAGCUUGCGGCCCUUGUCAUCUUUGCCGUCCUCCUCUCCCUCGCCAUUGUCUCCAUCCCCGUAUGGAUCUUUGUCAACAACUUUGUCAUUGGCGUCAAGACGGAUGGCCUGGCCUUGUCUGCCUCUCUCAAGGCCUCUCGCAUCUCUUCCGAAAUCGAUCUGAUCCAGACGGCAUGCACCACCAUCUCCACACGACUCUUGCUUCAGCAAGCCUUUGAGGAUUUCUAUACCAACGAAUACUAUGGCAAUCAAACUGCGGACGUCUGGGAGCAGGCUCUCGAGGAUCUGGCCAGCGCGCUUUCCACCAGCAACGUGUCGGGUCUAUUGCAGGCCAGAUUGUAUUCUCGCAAUACCACCGGUGAUCCACGUGGCCUUCUCAACAUUACCGGCCAAGAUGCCCUGGACGACCCUGUCUAUCUUCCUUACAGAUCCCCAACUGGAGCCGACAUCAAACUCGGCGAUCCCGACUAUGGCUUCCCCCCUAUGCUCUACCCAAACAUCACAUACGAGAACAAGAACCUGCCGAGCCCAUACAAGGCCAACACCGUUCAAUUCUCUGCCAACAUAUUCCCUGGCGUCUCGUUGAGCAAUGGCAGCGAAGGCAACGGCAUUCUCUUGGGACCGCUUGUGGUCAACGAGUCGUACGCGCUUGUCUCCAUCACGGUUCCUGUUCGAGAGAAUCAAUCUAGCAGGUUCAUUCUCGGCUACAUGACUGUGAUUGCCAGCGCGAGACAGCUCGUCCAGGUCCAGAGGUCCAACGAGGGCCUGGGCGAGACUGGCGUUGCUCUGUUCAUCGGCCCAGUCAACCCGUGGAACCAUUUCAACUCCAAAAUGCCUGCCAGCAACCAAACAUGGUCUCCGCCCCGUGAUGAGUUUGCGAGGACCAACCAGGUUCACUUCCUCCUACCGCCUGCCCCCCAACCCGGCCAAGAAGACCGCCACAGCGACCACAGCUUCGAGUCCGGUGCCUAUGAUGCCCCCUUCGAUCCGGCGACGUACCAGGCGGUGCUCGAUCUUUUUGUGGAGAAAAACAAUCAGACCAACAACGCCACGAGCAAGAUCUCGACCAAGAAUGAGCAGGGCAAGAAGGUGGCGAUUGGCGCUGCCCGGCCACAAACCUCACUGGUUACCUGGGCGGUGAUUGUAGAACAGGACAAGCGAGAGGCGACGGAACCGAUCCGUACGCUGAGGAACAUACUCUUGGGUUGCGUGUUUGGUACCGCAGGGCUUGUCCUACUGCUCACCAUUCCGUGUGCUCACCUGAGCGUUAUGCCGAUUCGCCGGCUGAAGGAGGCCACCGAGAAAUCGAUUGCACCACCGGGUUACGAAGAUUUGUCCGAUUCCGACUAUGAUGAAGAGAACCCUAGUUCGGGCGGCACCACGUCGGGAAGGUCCGAGAAGAGCUGGCUCAAAAGUUUGAAGAGGAGGAUGCGCAAGUCGAAGAGGGCGAGAUUGAGAGCUGCAGCUGCACAGGAUGCGCAUCGCCAUGCUUUCAAGAUUCCCGCCAAGGUGGAGGAUAGGAAGCAUUACAUUACUGACGAGCUGACCGAGCUUACACAAACCUUCAACGAGAUGUCGGAUGAGCUGCUGAAGCAGUAUACUUCGUUAGACGAGAAGGUGGCUGAACGAACGAGAGAACUCGAAAUCAGCAAGAAGGCCGCCGAAGCUGCCAACGAAAGCAAGACGCUGUUUAUCGCCAACAUUUCCCACGAAUUGAAGACACCCUUGAAUGGAAUCAUGGGCAUGUGUGCAGUCUUGAUGGAGGAAGACGAUGUUCUUCGCAUCAAGCAGUCGCUCAAGACGAUUUACAAAUCUGGCGACCUUCUGUUGCAUUUACUCGAGGAUCUCCUCAGUUUCUCCAAAAAUCAAAUCGGUCAACAAGUCAGCCUGGAAGAGAGAGAGUUCAGGCUUGGUGAGAUAAGAUCCCAAAUGCUGGCUAUCUUUGACAAGCAGAUCCGCGAGAACAAGAUCACCUUCACCGUUAGCUUUGUCGGCACCGACAUCCUCGAGAGCAGUCCCGAGCGACGCAGCGGCAUCGACAAGCGGCUUCCCGCCCUUGGGCCUCCCGGUGUAGGCCGUCUUAAGGACAUGUGUCUCUGGGGCGACCAGCACCGUAUCCUCCAAGUCAUCAUCAACUUGGUUAGCAACAGCCUAAAAUUCACUCCGGCAGGUGGGAGAGUCGAGUUGAGGAUACGCUGCGUCGGCGAGAUGGAACAAACCCAUAACCAAAGCAGGUCUUCGUCGUUAUCCAAGAACUCGCAUCGUCCAGGUCGGUCUCGCCAUAGGCUAGGCUCGGGAUCAAGGGACUCGCAAUCUUCCAAGGGAGCGCCGCACUCGCCGAAUCUGAACCAGAGUAGUGGUACUGCGCUUUCCAUCAACCCCAUGGACCCCAAGUCGCCUCAUGUGCACAUCAGGGAACGAUCACCAACCCCUCCGCCACCGAAUGCCAAGACGUUUAUGUUCGAGUUCGAGGUGGAAGAUACCGGUCCGGGUAUUGCGGAGCAUAUGCAGCAAAAGAUCUUCGAGCCUUUUGUUCAGGGCGAUCUGGGUCUGAGCAAAAAAUUUGGUGGUACCGGUUUGGGUCUCAGUAUCUGCUCCCAGUUAGCCACCAUCAUGGGAGGCACGAUUGGGCUCAAGAGUACUGUUGGUGUCGGAACGACGUUUACGAUGCGGAUACCGUUGAAAUAUGUCAGGGAUCGCGCCUCGUCCACAGCAUCCAGCUCCCUAGCCUCCCGCCCACCCUCUGCCGGCUCUCUCGACGGCGAAACCAUCCGCAACCCCCUCCCCAAGCAAUCCACCAUCGACAUCCACCGCAGUCACUCCCACGGCCACAGCCACAGUCACAACCACGGGCACGACCAACACUCAACCGCCCCACCCGCCGCCGCGUCCGUCCUCGACACUCAACCCCGUCUUGUCGGUCUCUCGCAACCCUUCUUCGCCACUACCCCCACCACCUCCGGCGACGUCGACGACAAAAUGGCUGCCAUCGACCGCGCCAUGGCCGCCAAACAACUGCAGCAAUCCUCCUCCGGCCCCGGCAAGCUCCGCGUCCUGGUAGCUGAUGACAACAGCACCAACGUGGAAGUCGUUUCGCGCUUGCUCAAGCUCGAAGAAGUCUACGACGUGACCAUUGCAAAAGACGGACAAGAAGCCUACGAUUUGGUGAAAGCCAACAUGGAGCACAACCUACAGUUUGACGUGAUCUUCAUGGACAUUCAGAUGCCGAACCUGGACGGAUUGCAGUCAACGAGGCUCAUUAGACAAAUGGGGUAUAGUGCACCUAUUGUGGCGCUGACGGCCUUUUCGGAGGAAAGUAAUGUCAAGGAGUGCAUGGAGAGCGGCAUGGACGAAUUUCUGAGUAAACCGAUUCGCAGACCAGCGCUGAAGCAGGUGCUGAAAAAGUUUGCGACGAUUUAUGAGGAGCAGGGCGAGACAGAGACUGUGCCAUCGGUUACGACGGGGAGUAUGAAGGGGGAGAAGAAGGAUGAAAAGGUGGAGAAGAAGGACAAGAAAGAGGGGAGGGAAUGGAAGGGUAUGAAGGAUGGAAAGGGCGAUGGCAGUUUGGUCAAUGGAACAAUCACCCCGAAAACGGCUAGCAGUACUACUGUUGCUGCGACGAUGACGAAUGGGUCGGCUAUGACUGGGCCAACCACGAUGAUGAAUGGGGCGCCGAUGAGGCCGAAGCCGGUGGAUGUUUACUCUGAUGAACCGUCGCCGAAGACAAUGUCGAAAAGUGAUGGGGCAGCUAAGGGGGAUUAUCUCAAGCGCGGGAGGUAACGGACUCGCCUCGAACGGUUCACAUCCAGGCUUUUACUAGGAAGCCGUUGUUUUCGAUGACCUACGUGGGUCAUUUUAUUCUUUACAACAAGUAAUGUGUUUUAACUGUGGGAUUUUACGUUUGGAAUGGGCGCUUUAUGAAAUUGGGAAAGCGAGUGAGCAAGCGAAAGUAUCGGCAUGGCGAGGCGUUUGGGUCUUUUGGGUUUCCUCGAACGAUACACGAUAUACAUGGUUCGGCGAGUUUUGGCGUUAUGUUUCUCUGAUGUUUCACCCAAGCUUUUUGAAGCUGUUUCAUUUACGCAGGUUAUAAUACCCUACUUUCUUUUUUCUUCUUGCUUCUUCGUCUAGCCCUUUUUUUUCAUUUACUUGCCGUGUUUUCACUUCCAACUGUGGGAUAACAAAAGUUUGGGCUUUCCUUCUAUUAGUUCUCUUUUCUCAUCAGGAGGGAUCGAUCUCAUCUACGGGAAGCAAGGAAUAGUUUCGACUUUUCUGCGAGGUCGGUUUCUUUCCUAGCGGGGCAUUGGUCGUCCAGUCAGCUGAAGCUUCAUUAGAGGAGGGAGUGAACAACACAGAAUGUACACAUACAUGACAUGUACGGGACUGAUAUGCACACACACAGACAUACAUCACUACAAACACCAAGAAGUAUUUACCCCGUGAGAAUGUAAUGAUAGAAAUGUAAUUUUGAUGGGAAGCUGGGAACGACGAAAGGAGUAAUACAAAGCAACAACCAAUGAAACAAAUGAAUGCUCC